AUGAGGACAGUAGAAGAGCUGCACUGCCACACGGUGGCGGAGCUGAGCGCGGCCUGUCGGGCUUUGGGGCUUCCCGUGAAGGGUUUGAAGAAAGAUCUUGUUUGCCGCCUCAUGGCUUUUGAAAAGACGCGAGGGCCCCUGCCUCCCGAGCUGCUGCACCGCCGCCCCUUCCAGCGGCAGCGGCAGCCGCCGCCUCCGCCCCCGCUGCAGCAGCAGCAGCAGCAGCAGCACCAGCAGCAGCAGCAGCAGCAGCAGCAGCAGCAGCAGCACGUGAGCCCCCGCCGGGUGUACAUACAGCCCGCGGGGGUUGUGGAUCACCCCACAGCAGCGCAGGAGCAGCAGCGGGCGAAGCAGCACUUCCUGCAGUAUCAGCAGCAGCAGCAGCAGCUGCUGCAGCAGCAGCAGCUGCUGCUGCUGCAGCAGCAGCAGCAGCAGCAACACCGACACGCAGCAACUCUCCCAGCUAGCCACGCAGCUAGCCAGGCAGCUAGCCGCCACCACCCGGCUCCCCACCGCCCCCGCAACGCCUUAUCUUCUGCCCACAACUGUGGAGCUUCUGCAACGGGGGGCCAGUGUGUCUGCGGCGAUGAGCUGUCGCUGCAGCAGCAGCAGCUGCUGCUGCAGCAGCAGCAGCCGCUGAUUUGCUGCAGCAGCUGCGGGGCGCACUGCGUGAGUUAG